AUGUCCAAGCCAAUCGUAGUUGUAUCACAGGCCUUUAGCAAACAAGGCACAAGCAUUUUGAACACUUUGUUGGAGAGCAAUAAGUAUCAUGUUAGAGCUUUGACCUCAAGACCAUUGGACUCGGCCCAAGCACAAGGAUGGAAACAACGUGGAGUUGAACUGAUUCAAGCAGACUUUUUGAAUGCUGAUGAUUUGUUGAAGGCUUACAAUGGUGCACAUGCAGCAUUCAUCGUUCGUCCACUCAUCAGUCCAGUCGAUCCAGAUGCCAACAACAAGGAGUUCAACUCUGUCAAGACCCAAGCCGAUGCCGCUGUCCAGGCCGGCCUCCAGCAGAUCAUCUACUCAUCCACCGACUCGCCCGUCGCCCCCAAGGUUCAGGAAUACAUCGAUGCCCUCCCCAUCCCCUUUGUCAACACAUUCUACCUCUCAUUCUUCUUCUCCAACCUAAUUGAGUUCAGCAGACCCGUGCCCCAGGAAGACGGAUCAAUGUUGUUCGCACAGCCAUUCCCCGCUGACAAGGCCAUCCCCUACGUCAACCCAUACACCAUCACUGGCAAGGUCGUCGAGAGAUUCUUGGCCGAGCCAACUCGUUACAAUCGUCAGUCUGUUCCUGUUGUCUCGGAGUUCAUCACUGGUGCGCAGGUGGCCGAGACAUUUGAGCGCGUCACUGGUAUCAAGGCAGCGUACAAGUAUCAAUCACGCGAGGACUAUAUCAACAGUGGAUUCAGUCUUAACGAUAUGACCAAAUACGUUGGCAAUGUAAUCUAUGACGUCUGGACCAAUGGUGUCAACAAUCCACGCGCUGCCAAGGAUGCCACCACUGAGUUUGCCACAUCGCUCAAUGCCCCAACCGGAACAUGGGAGCAAUUCCUGCAAGCCACUGCAUGGAAAGGUGAGCCAUACCAAGACAUCAGGGAGAGACUCCUGAAUCUCUAA